AUGAAUAGAACACAAGAACAAGAACCAGAAAAUGAUAACUCAAGAAAAUCAUUACAAUCCAUCAUAGAUCAUCAACAAAUCAUCAUGAUCAAACUAACACCAUUACCCUACAAAACCACACUAGACUCGCUCACUUCAUGGAUCUUAUCAUUAUCAGACCCACCUUACACCUUACGAAAACCCAGAAUAAUAGACAUCAGUCAAGAUUUCCAAGAAGGCUUAUUAAUCUAUAAUGACAUAAAUGAUCGAUUGAUUGAUGAUUUGUUUGAUUCAAUCUUUCAAUUAAACCAAAUCCAAGUCAAUUCGUUAGAAGAACAAAGAUGGAUUUCGGUUGGAGCCAAUCAUUAUCAUCAUCCUAACUCUCGACGACGACUUGAUCCUAUUCGGUUUAAGUUUAUGAGUUCUGGGUAUUUAGAUACAUCGGUUUUAGGUUUAUAUUCUUCUUCUGAUCUUUUAUCUCGUGAAGAUGAUCAAGAUCAAGAAAAACCCAAACCCAAACCAAUCAACCAAUCCACUUCAACUUCAACUUCCACUUCCAAAUCGAAAGCUGAAUGGAAUUCAAUUAUCAUUAAACAAAAAAAAAUACAGUUAAAAGAAACUGAACAAAACAUUAAACAACAAAAACUUAAAGAAGAUGCCAUCAAGUUAAUCCAUCAACGAUCCAAUCGACUUUCACAACAUCAAAAAUUAAUCAAUUCAGCUAUCAAAAGAAAACAUGAUUCUGAUCUAAUGACUUCUACUUCUGGUCCUUCUGCUUCUGGAUCUGGAUCUGGAUCUCAUCAAGAAAACUUAUAA